ACAUACUUUCCUCCCCAAUCUUGAGUGUCACGAUCGUCACACUCGUGGAGAUGUAGUAAAGUUUAGAGCACCGGCUUUCGAAUCGUGCUAGAGCACAUGCUUGAGUGAAUUUCCUCGCUAUGAAGGGUGCAAUGUUGAAUGAUGGUCGCGGUGCUUCUGCUUGGAGUUCUACCGGCGCUCAAGUUUCGCCGAGCUCCGAACUCGAUCAUAUCGAGCCCUGUCUUACGGUGCCCGUCGGCUUCCGUAAUGUCUGCCUCUCGGGAAGAUGAAACGUUUCGAAACCCACGGCUGGUAAUGAUUCAUAGAUCUACAGUACUAGAUACAGGUUUUGAAUCACAUCCCGAAGAGUCGGAACUCCGGGAGCACCGAGUCGGAAAGCCUCCACGUCAUGUCACAAGCGUCAGAGCCAUUUGUUUCAUGAACUUCAAUCAUUCUGUUUAGAGCAGGCUACAUAACACAAGCGUGCUCACAUAGCGCUCCGCCACCUCGUCUGCAUAGUAACUCGGAACCAACAUACACCGUCAGAUAGGUGUGUAAUCAGUAGCUUCAUCAAGGAUGAGUGUGACGAAAUCAAAGGGGGUGUAUGU